AUGGUGGCCCAGAGUCCCAGCGUGAAGCUUCCCUUCAAGUCAAGAAUGCAGGCUUGGAAGGGAGACAGGCCUGGCGCAGAGCCCGACGUGGAGAAAAGCUCCCCGCAAGGUAGCAGACGGCCUGACGGGUUCGGGGAGGGGGCCAGGGCACAGGCGGGGUGGGGUGGGGGUCGCCCAGGAGUCCCGCCGCCCGGCCACCGGGUGGCCGCCCUCUGCGCGCCCGCCGCCCGCCGCCUUCUCCUCCUCGCACCGCGCGGGCUCAGAGCGGCGGCAGCAGCGGCCGCGGCAACAGCUCCGGCUCUUCCCGCUCCGGCUGCGGCCCCGCUCGGCCCCGCGCGCCCGGGCCCCGCGCCCCGACCCCGCCGCCGCGCCUGCCGGGGGGCCUCGGGCGCCCCCGCCGCCCGCCGCCUCACGCUGAAGUUCCUGGCCGUGCUGCUGGCCGCGGGCAUGCUGGCGUUCCUCGGUGCCGUCAUCUGCAUCAUCGCCAGCGUGCCCCUGGCGGCCAGCCCGGCGCGGGCGCUGCCCGGCGGCGGCGACAACGCCUCGGCCGCCUCGGCCGCCGCCGCCGCGUCCCCGGGCCCGCAGCGCAGCCUGAGCGCGCUGCACGGCGCGGGCGGCUCGGCCGGGCCCCCCGCGCUGCCCGGGGCGCCGGCGGCCAGCGCGUACCCGCUGCCGCCCGUGCCCCUCUUCAGCCGCUUCCUGUGCACGCCGCUGGCGGCCGCCUGCCCGUCGGGGGCCGAGCAGGGGGACGCGGGGCCCGGCGAGCGCGAGGAGCUGCUGCUGCUGCAGAGCACGGCCGAGCAGCUGCGCCAGACGGCGCUGCAGCAGGAGGCGCGCAUCCGCGCCGACCAGGACACCAUCCGCGAGCUCACCGGCAAGCUGGGCCGCUGCGAGAGCGGUCUGCCCCGCGGCCUCCAGGACGCCGGGCCCCGCCGCGACGCCAUGGCCGACGGGCCGUGGGACUCGCCCGCGCUCAUCCUCGAGCUGGAGGACGCCGUGCGCGCCCUCCGGGACCGCAUCGACCGCAUCGAGCAGGAGCUUCCAGCCCGGGUGAACUUCUCAGUGGCCCCGGCCCCUGCGCCCGUGGUGCCCACCGCCCUGCACUCCAAGGUGGAUGAGCUGGAGGGGCAGCUGCUGGCCAAGGUGCUGGCGCUGGAGAAGGAGCGCGUGGCCCUCAGUCACGGCAGCCAGCAGCAGCGGCAGGAGGUGGAGAAGGAGCUGAACGCCCUGCAGGACCGCGUAGCUGAACUGGAGCACGGGUCCUCGGCCUACAGUCCCCCAGAUGCCUUCAAGGUCAGCAUCCCCAUCCGCAACAACUACAUGUACGCCCGUGUGCGGAAGGCGCUGCCCGAGCUCUACGCCUUCACUGUCUGCAUGUGGCUGCGGUCCAGGUCGGGCGGCACUGGCCAGGGCACCCCCUUCUCCUACUCGGUGCCUGGGCAGGCCAACGAGAUUGUGCUGCUGGAGGCGGGCCACGACCCCAUGGAGCUGCUCAUCAAUGACAAGGUGGCUCAGCUGCCCCUGAGCCUGAAGGACAAUGGCUGGCACCACAUCUGCAUCACCUGGACCACAAGGGACGGCCUGUGGUCUGCCUACCAGGAUGGGGAGCUGCGGGGCUCUGGUGAGAACCUGGCCGCCUGGCACCCCAUCAAGCCUCAUGGGAUCCUUAUCCUGGGCCAAGAGCAGGAUACCCUAGGCGGCCGGUUUGAUGCCACCCAGGCCUUCGUGGGCGACAUUGCCCAGUUUAACCUCUGGGACCACACCCUGACCCCUGCCCAGGUCCUGGGCAUUGCCAACUGUACGGGUCCGCUGCUGGGCAACAUCCUCCCCUGGGAAGACAAGCUGGUAGAGGCCUUCGGGGGUGCAACGAAGGCCACCUUCGAUGUUUGCAAGGGGAGGGCCAAGGCAUGAGGGGCCGCCUCGUCCAGGGCCCCUCCCUCGCCUGCCGAUUCGGGGACCGUCUGGGGCGGGGGCACCCUCCCUCCCCAGCCUACCCACACGCUGGCCUCCUUUCUCGCCCCCUUCCUGGCCAUGCCUCCUGUUUCCCCCACCUAUACCCACACCUCCAGAGCGCCCCGCCCUUGGUGGCUGUUUCCUAAUCCCACUUGGAUGGAGGCAAGCAGCUCAAGUCAACUGGCCAAGCCUGGGGUGAGUCCAGGGCCUGGCAGGGGUGCGUAGCGGCACCCAGGCUCUUCCCCACCCCACCACCCCCGCCGGCAUUACAGUGGAGCCGUCCCUCACCCCCACCCCUCGUCCGUCAAUCACAAGUGAUUCCACUGAUCUCCCAGCACCUCCCAUGAGGUAUAUGGGGGAAGGGCCCACUAUCUCAGCAGCAGGGAUGGUUAUCUGCCCCGCUUGUCCUCCACGUGACAGGCCAUAACAGGCUGUAGAGCUGUCCCCAAGCUGAGAGGGAAUGACAGAACCACAGGGGACUCAGACUCACCCCUCUUCCAUCUUUCCACCAGCUGCCAGUCACGGGCAGUGGGAUCUUGGUGGAGCCUCUCCCCAUAACCCCCAGCCCCAACUGCACCCUCUCUCUUCCUCCUUUUUCCUUGUUUCUUUGUGUGCAGUGGUUUGAAUGUUGGUUCCAUGCCUGGCCCAGCCCCACCUCAAUUUCCAAGACAUUCCCUUCCCAGCUCCAGCCUGGAGGGUUAAGGACCAAGACCCUGGGAGACCAAAGGGCCAAAGUCACCCCUCGUGCUGACCCACAGCUGCACCCACUGGCAUGGUCACCUCUCCCCCUCUGCAGCCAGGACAGGGCCUGGGCCACUUCAGUCUGGGCUGGGGACAGCAUGGGACAGAAGCAUAUGUCCCAGGGGACCCAGACUCUGGAAGAGCCACAAUACCAACCCGCUCUGCAUGGCUCUGCAACCUUUGGGAAAGAAAGAAGCCGAGAGGGCAGGGAGAAGCUUGGAGUGGUGUGCAGAGCACUGGAUGAGAAGGAGGAGCCCUGGGUUCCUGGUCCGCCCCGCUGCUAACCUGCUGUGUAGUCUUCUGUAAGUCCCCGCCCUCUCCGGGCUGGCCUUCCUCAUUUGUGAACUGAGGCCCUUGCCUUGAUCAUUUCUGAGAGCUCUCCAGAUCAAAAAUGAGAUGGUCUGUGAUUCCAGGUGGAUAGGGUGGGACACGCCAGAGAACCUGCCUAGGGACCGAGGGGCACAGCAGGGGCAGCAGAUGGGAUCUGGCUUGGCAUCAGGCAGGGUCAGCAGCUGGCUCCAAAGAGUGCGGGGCAAGGACGAGAGUCAAAGCAGACCAACCUCAUACACAGAUUGUAAAGAUAAGCUCUUCUGAAUCCCCCCAGCCUGGCACCCUUGCCUGUUGAAUGUCUCAAAGGGCUGGUAGCUUCCUGGUCCCUACCCUUGAGUCCCCAACAGCUCCCCCAAGAGAGUGGAAGAAUAUCAGAGCUGAGAAAAGCCACCCGGUCUGACCUCUUGCUUGUACAGAUGGGGAAGAGCUCAGAGAGGGCAAGUGACUUGCACAGGAUCACACAGCACAAUGGAGCAGAGCCAGGACUAGAACCUAGUGCCCUUUCCCCCACACCAUACUGCCUACCCAUGAGAGUCUUUGAGUCCAGCCUAUACCUAAGAGGAUGGAUAUUUAAGAAGUCAGAAUGCUUUCCGACAUGCCCGCUGAACCACCUUUCUUUAUGAAACAUACAAACAUCUUGGCAUUCCCAACCCCUGCCCCCAGAAGGUAGGGGAGAAGAGGUGUGAUCCCUGGGCACUCUGACGGGAAUGGAGAGCUGAGAACACAGGUGUCCCUCCCCUUGCCAGUCACCUACCAGGUGUCUGGGCAGCUGUUGGCUACCUGAAUCGGAUGGGCACUGAUGGCUUUUUGCCCGCCUCUUUUGGUUCCCUGUCUCUGCUCCCCACAUCCACUUAGCCUGAGGCACGAUGCCAGAGCUGCAGACUGUGGGGCCCAGGGCCAUGGAAGCUUUUCCAAAACUUGUUGCUUCCAGCCCCCAGAUCCUCGUUUCCAUUUCAAGAGCACAAAUAGACCAUUCAGCACCCCCAGCCCAACUCCCCCGAAAAAGGAGUGAUGGCGCGCUUCCGCCAGAAGCUGCCGAGAUCUAGGUUGCCCCGGUAACAGCCAAUGACAUCAGCCCCAGUGCUGGGUCAAGCACCUCAUAAGGACAUACGCUGUUGCUGGGGUGACAGUGGAAUUUGGAACUUAGGUUUCAGGGACACAGGGCUUUAUUGGGUUUCUGUUAUUGUUUUUAAGGGAGCAGCUUUUGUGGAGGCCUUGCUGGAAAGACAGGGUCUUAGGAAGGAAGUGAUAGAACUUGUUUCAUCACUUGAGCCCAUCCAGGGGCAAGUCCUUUAUGCUUUGUGAUAGUGAUCAUGAGACAUCUCACGCUGGUCAGCCUCCAGAGGGAACAGGAUCAAAUUGGAGACACAUGUAGGCCCUGAGCCUGGGCUCUUGGUGAGUGGCCUGGGUCCCCCUUUCCAUUCCAGAAAGAUGAACACCGCAAAGUCCCCACCCCUUCUUCAUCGAUUGAUCAUCCUUCUUACCUUUGCCGAACACCUGCUGUUUGGACUGCAGCUUUGAACUUCAGCUGCUCCCAGGCACAGCCAAAAAGACGGGGAAGAGAAAUGGU